AUGCCGCCGACGCGUCUCCACCUCGCCGUCUUGCUCCUCCUCGGCGUCGCCUUAAACCGGGCGCGCGGCGGCAGGGUCGCCACGGAGCUCCUCACCCCGGACUUCACGGCGUCGUACCUGCUCUUCCAAGACAGCUACGGCGCGUUCCUCACGUCACCGAGCGGCGCGUUCCACGCCGUGGUCUACAACCCGGGGGGCCAGCUGGAGCGGUUCUACCUCGCCGUGCUCCACGCGCCGUCCAAGACCUGCAUCUGGGUCGCCAACCGCGCCGCGCCCAUCACCGACCGCGCCGCUCCGCUGCAGCUCACGGCCAACGGCAUCUCCAUCGAGGACCCCAACGUCACCACCAUUUGGUCCACGCCGCCGUUCGAGACUCCCGUGGCUGCUCUCCGGCUCGACGACCACGGCAACCUCGCGCUGCUCGACGCGAGGAACGCCACGCUGUGGCAGUCCUUCGACCGCCCCACCGACUCGAUCGUGUCGUCGCAGCGGUUUCCCGCGGGGGCUUUCCUGGCGUCCGCCGCCUCGGACUCCGACUUCUCCGAGGGGGACUACCGGCUCAACGUGACGGCGGCCGAUGUGCUGCUCACGUGGAUGGGCUCCAUGUACUGGCGGCUCUCGAACGACGCCCGCUCCACCGUGGACCGAAGCGGCACCGUUGCGUACAUGGCCGUGAACGGCACUGGGAUGUACCUGCUCGCGGCGGACGGCGGGGUCGUCAUCCAGGUCUCGUUGCCUGCAGCCGAGCUGCGAGUUGUUAGGCUGGGAUAUGAUGGGAAGCUGCAAAUAGAAAGCUUCGCGUCGGCGAACUCAUCUAACUCGCCGAUGGACGGCGGGUUCGUGGCGCCGAGCGAUGGAUGCGCUCUGCCCCUAUCCUGUGGCGCGCUGGGGCUCUGCACGCCCAAGGGGUGCACGUGCCCGCCCUUGUUCGCGGCGUCGCGCGACGGUGGUUGCACGCCGUCUGACGGCUCCGCCCCGCUGUCCGUCUCCUCAUGCGGCAGCACUGUUGGCGGUGGCAAUAACAGCUUGCCGGUCUCGUACUUCAGCCUUGGCAAUGGCGUCGAGUACUUCGCUAACAAGCUGGCACCGCCGACCGUGUCCGGCGACAACGUUUCCUCAUGCCAGACUCUGUGUACCAGCAACUGCUCAUGCCUCGGUUACUUCUACGACAACUCGGCGUUGUCCUGCUACUUGGUGCAGCACCAGCUCGGUUCCUUCAUGAAUGCCGACUCCACUAAAGCCUCCGACAAGCUCGGCUACAUCAAGGUCCAGAGCUCGCAGCUAUCGAGACCAUCGAGCAAUUCGUCCUCAAAAAGCACCCUCAUUGCCAUCCUCCUCCCAACAAUGGUCGCGUUUGUGCUCAUCGUCGUCGUCAGCGCUACCGUGAUCAGGGCGUGGCGUAAGGAAGUGGGGCGCUCGUCGCGCUCCAGAGAUCAGCAGCUCCGGCGGCAGCGCUCGCCGUCGGACUCAGCGCACCUGGGGCACGAGGCCGGGCACUACGCGGAGCUGGCCGACCCUCGGCUACAGGGGCGGGUGGUUGCCGAGGAAGUGGAGAGGGUGGUGAAGGUGGCGCUGUGCUGCCUCCACGAGGACCCACACCUGCGGCCGAGCAUGGCGGUCGUGGUCGGCAUGCUGGAGGGCAGCAUGGCGCUGUGGGAGCCGCGGGUGCAGUCGCUCGGGUUCCUCAGGCUGUACGGCCGGGGGUUUUCUGGGCCAGAGGACGGCGGAGGCAGCGACAUGUAUCUGAAGCAUAUGGCGUCCCCCAUGGGCCGGUCAGGGACGACGACGUCAACGACGAUGAGCGGGUGGCCGUCGUACCUGUCGUCAUCUCAGCUCUCCGGGCCCAGAUAG